GGACGUCAUGUACAUAGUGGCAGCUGCAUCACACAGGUCAUCAGCAUCACUCGAGUAAUCAACCUUGGUACAAUCAGUGUCCUCAUAUGGGCGGCGGCCAUUUUCCUGUAGUCUCUAAUACGUAAUAGGUUGUUAGAGCCUAAAGGAGUGACGCAGAAGAGGGGGCGGAGUUAGGGAGUCCUCAGCCGCCUCUUUGGAGAUCUUCAUUACAACAGAUAAUUACGUGGUGCGGAUCCAGAGAACUUGAGGCUGGACAUGGACCGGAGUCCCACAAAUGAGAGGAUAUUACAUCUCACCCUGGAGAUUGUCCACCUGCUGACUGGGGAGGAUUACACAGUAGUGAAGAAGACAUUCCUUGACCAUCUGACAACCAUCAGCUGUGCCUCCAUCACAGUGCCUCCACCUCAGUCACAGAUACAUGAGAGGCAUGAUGACCAGAAGAUCCUGGAACUCACCAACAAGAUCAUUCAGCUGCCAUCUGGAGAGAUAAUUACGUGGUGCGGAUCCAGAGAACUUGAGGCUGGACAUGGACCGGAGUCCCACAAAUGAGAGGAUAUUACAUCUCACCCUGGAGAUUGUCCACCUGCUGACUGGGGAGGAUUACACAGUAGUGAAGAAGACAUUCCUUGACCAUCUGACAACCAUCAGCUGUGCCUCCAUCACAGUGCCUCCACCUCAGUCACAGAUACAUGAGAGGCAUGAUGACCAGAAGAUCCUGGAACUCACCAACAAGAUCAUUCAGCUGCCAUCUGGAGAGGAGUGGGAGUAUAUAGAGGAACACAGGGGUCUGUACAAGGACGUGAUGAUGGAGAAUCACCGGACCCUCACAUCACUGGAUGGUCCCAGUAACAGAGAUACCCCAGAGAGAUGUCCACGUCCUCUGUAUUCCCAGGACUGUACAGAGGAGAAUCACAGGAACCCACAGGAGGAUCAGGAUGAAUUUCUGACUGAUAAUAAUGCAGAAUAUAUAGAGGGAGAAGAAGAGACGUAUUUUACUGAUAAUAUGGCCAAACAUACAGAAGAAGAAGAAGAUACGUAUGUGAGGGGUGAUCAGCAGUGUAAGGAGGAGGAAAUACCUACAGCCAUCAGCACAGCAGAUGGACAGAGAGGCAGGAAUACCUCGGAGGGACAUCUAACUUUGUUUCCAGAUUUUAAAUUAGAAAAGAACAUGACACGAGAUUCUGCAGGGGAGAACCCCAUUACCCCAAUUGUACAUCCAGUGCCUCACAGUGCAGAUAUAUCAUUUGAUCCCUCUAACCAUGAGGAGUUUAACAUUAAUUCAGAUGUUUCUACACAUAGUUCAGCUCCUACAGAUGCUACAGUCAUUCCCUCUUCUGAAUUUGUUAAAAGCGUUAAUAAUCAGUCAGUCUGUAUUAGACAGAAGAAGCACACAUAUAAGAAACAAUACCCAUGCUCUGAGUGUGGGAAAUGUUUUACAAAGAAAUCGUCUCUUAUUACACAUCACAGAGUUCACACAGGUGUGAAGCCAUUUUCAUGUUCUGAGUGUGGGAAAUUUUUUACACAGAAGUCAAAUCUUGUUACACAUCAGAGAUGUCACACAGGUGAGAAGCCGUUUUCAUGUUCUGAGUGUGGGAAAUGUUUUACACAGAUAUCUAAGGUUAUUACACAUCAGAGAAGUCACACAGGUGAGAAACCAUUUCCAUGUUCUGAGUGUGGGAAAUGUCUUGCACAUAAAUCAAGUCUUCUUGCACAUCUGAGAAUUCACACAGGUGAGAAGCCGUUUUCAUGCCCUAAAUGCGGGAAAUGUUUUACAGCAAAAUCAGAACUUGCUAAGCAUCAGAGAAGUCACAAAGGUGAGUAGCCAUUUCCAUGGCUAAAUGCGGAAAUUUUUUGCAACAAAAUCAGAACUUGUUAAGCAUCAGAGAAGUCACACAGGUGAGAAGCCAUUUCCAUGCUCUGAGUGUGGGAAAUGUUUUACACAGAAAUCAGUUCUUGUUAUACAUCAAAAAAAGUCACAGAGUUGAAAGCCAUUUUCAUGUUCCAAGUGUGGCAAAUGUUAUGUACACAAACCAGCUCUUGUUGCACAUCAGAAAAUUCACACAAGAUGAAAAUCGUAUCGGUGAUCUGACGUACAUGAAAGAGGGUUGCAGCAAUCUACCUAUUGUCAUUGAUAGUGUUGGAGAUAAGCCUCCUUCUCCUUUCAAGUCCCUUCAAUUGUCUGUUCGUUACCUUUUGUUUACUAAUCCAUUGGGAAUCCCAGGAAGCAGACAACACACGCAGUUAUGUCCACAAAAGGAGACCAAAGCUCGUUUAAUCAGCAGGACGUUAUACAGCAAAAGGGUACUUGCAUGAACACUUGAUACACGUCACAUUUUAAAACAAUAAUGCAUCUCUUCUCAUAACUCCUCUCUAGCUGACGCCCUCCUUUGUGUCCUUCACAAGAAGUCUAAACACACAGAAGCUGUCUGAUAACAUAUUUUCAAGACUAUAGCUACGACCUUGCUUCCCACAGAACGUACUAACUGUGAAAUGUCAGCAUUAUUAUGAUUCAUUAGCAAAACAUACUACUUAUUCACUACAUCAUGGCUGCUAUUUAACAAAAUGGCUGAUAGCUGCUUAAGCUCAAUGUAUCUCUCUCAGUCCCUCCUUUUCAUAAUAAAAUGACAUUACAGCUGAUAACAAUAUGACAUUACAGUUGAGCUACAAGGCAUCACACAAACUCUACCUACAAGAGUCUAGGCAAACAGUCUAGCUAUAAUGGUGCUAAAGGCUAUGUUCCCGUAGGAUCGUGCUUGUCACUCUAUCCUACGGAAGGUAAAGAACCGUUCGCAUCAUAUCCAUUAAAGUAGACUGUUCACGGCUCCUUCUUGCCAAGCUCUUCUGUAGUUUCUUAAACUUGGAGGUUUCACAUCUUUGAGUUUACAGACUUCUUUCUUUUUUUGUUUAUAUUUUUUUUUUAAUUGAAGCAUGAAUAAAUAUACAUUUCUCUGACGUCCUAGUGGAUGCUGGGAACUCCGAAAGGA